AUGCAUCUACGAGCCCUCUGUUCCAUCUCGCUGCUUGCUGCUAGCGCAGCAGCGUACGAUAAUCUCCUGCGCUUCAAUAUCUCCCCUGAGGUCGAAACAAGGUCUAUCGACCAGAUCUACAAGGCUGCAUUGAAGGAAGGCGGUGUUGUUACUGCCUGGAUGGGCGGAGAUGAAAAGAACCAACAAGAUGCUGUCAAGGCCGCUUUCGAAAAGGCGUUCCCCGGAAUGAAGCUCAACCUCACCGUCGACCUUUCCAAGUACCACGACGGGAAUAUCGAUGAGCAACUCGCCAAUGGCAAGGUAUACGUUGAUACCUUGGGUCUGCAGACGCUCCAGGAUUUUCCCAGGUGGAAGGAGGAGGGCGCGUUACUGAACUAUGCCCCUCUUGGCUUUGACAAGAUUUUCCCUGAUUUCCGAGAUACCGAUGCUGCUUACUACGGGUUCCUUGGUUUGGGCUGGCAGCUCAUCUGGAAUACCGACAAGUUGAAAGGAAAGGCGCCUCAGGAGUAUCCGGACUUCUUGCGCCCAGAAUUCAAGGAGAAGUUGGUCUUGACGUAUCCCAACGACGAUGAUGCUAUUCUGUUUGCCUUUGAGCUGAUCCUGAAGCAAUACGGCACCUCCUGGUUCAACAAACUUCUACAGCAGAAGCCACGAUGGGUUCGCGGUUCGGCCACAGGCCCAGACCUUGUGGCUGAUCCCAACACAACCUACGUCGCAACUUUCACCUCUGGUCUUGGUCUCUCAAAGCCCCAGGGGCCACUCAAUGCCACUUUUCCCAAGCAAGGCCAGUUCGUCUCUUGGCCGCAAACAGCCGCUAUCCUCAAGGACGCACCCCACCCCGAAGGCGCCAAGCUUUUUCACAACUUUUUGCUUAGCAAGGACUUCCAGAAGCAAAGCGGUUUCUGGAGUGUCAGAUCUGAUGUCCCUGCGCCAGUCGGAUAUCCCAAGUUCAUCGAGAUGCCUGGAACCAACCCUUCGGCCUUCUCAAAGUUCAUGGAGGAUCGAGCGAGGGUUGAGCGACUUAGGUUCUGGUUCGAAAAGAGGCUGGGAACACCUCAGGGACUCAGUCCCCUGGACGAUGAUCUGUGA